AUGGACCCCGUGGAAGAUGUCGUCGCGGCCGCCAUGGGCUUCUCGAGCUUUGGCGCACAGGACCACCCCCAGAAGAAGAGAAGAUGUAACCUAGCAGUGGACACAGUCACGCCUGCUGCGCAGCCUUUCCCAGGUCCCCGAGCAACCCCAGCGGAAUCUGAUUCAACGCCCUCAGGAACCCACGACAGCACGUCGAAGGGGGACUCCGAGGCCCAGGCGAAUGCGGAUGAGAUCAACCUGGACGACGAGGAAGAAGACCAUCAUGAGACCAUACCCCCAAAGCCCUCUGCUGAGACCUUGUCGCAGGCGCAUACGUCUCGCCACGGCUUGCCAGCUCGUCCUGCCCCCGGAGCAGGAUCCGUCGGACCGUCAAGGCGGUUUCCGACAGGUCGGCAUGGUGUAUCGCAAGCAGGAGACUCAAGAGCCUGGUACGAGGGAUAUUACGACAGCGCGUCGAAUGAGAAUCCAUGGGAUCGCCUGGAAACGAGUAUGGGUCUCGAGUCAACGGGGGCUUGGAUUCCUAGACAAGUGCAUCCAGAACCGAGUGUUUGA